UUCAAUGUGUGACGCCUAAGACAGUUGUGUAUCAUUUAAUUACGACCGUCGUAGUCAUAUUUUUUUAACCACAGUCAUGCCCAACGCAUUUAAGCAGUAUUGACAGGAAUUAUUGACUAAACAGUAAGAAAGUUUCAUACAGUAAUGGCCAGCAGUGUUAGUGCUCCUGUGGUCGUGCCUCAAGCGACCAAACGUCCACACAGUGAAAUAGCUGCAUCUGAAGCUACAAAUCCGCCAAAUCCUCUUGUUUCACCUGUACCUUCAGAGGUAGCUCAGAGUGAUACAAAGGUUUCAGAAUCAAACCCCCAAGAAGGUUGUGCUACUGUGAAUAUUUCUGAUGCUGCCCAAAAAGUUGAAGUCUCUUCUAAAACUACCAAUGCUACUAAUUCAGACCAAGGUGUGAAGCAUUCACCUGAAUCAAAGGGGAAAAAAACUGAUCUUGAUAAUGGACACACAACAGCCAAUGGAGAUAAAAGUUUAGUUGAUGAAUCCCCAGCAGUGUCAGAUGGAUCUACCUGUGAAAAUGGAACUGCAAAGCAAGACCCAGAGAUUGAAUCUGAUAAAAAGGUCCAGGUCCCAACCAGCAUUGCAUUAGCACCCACAUCUCAACCUUUGGCUGUAGCAAACAGUGAAAUUACCAAGUCAACUCCUGAGCCCAUGGAAACAUCAGUAGCAACAGCUGCUUGUGACACAACACGACCCGCUUCCGGAGCAUCAGCUGAGGCCAAACAUACAAAUGAUUCAGAGGUUAAACCAAACACCAGCAACUCUCAUCUGGAAGAUGGUGAGGAGCCUGAGAAAAAACCCAGGCUCUCUCCCCCUUCUGGGUCCAGCAAAGGGCCAGGCAAGACACCAGAGCAAAUAUUAGAACAUAUGGACAAAACAUUUGAGCAACGCAGAAAAAUUAUUACCAAGCAAAUGCCAACAAUUCCAGAGCUUAAAAAGCAGUACCCAGAUCUUUUUAUGGGCAAACAAUUGCUAAUUGAAUUCCAGCGCAUCACAAAGAUUGACAUAGAUCAAAAGAUUCAAGAAUUUUGUGUUAGAUAUGCUACAGCUGUAAUUGAGAUGGCCAGGAACAUCAAAGGGGCCGCCCCAGUUCUGGCCAGGUGGGAGCAGGCUAAACAAGAGAAUGAUACACUGAAGCAGUACUGGGAUAUGGUGACAGCUCUUUGCUUGCUGCCUCUUCACUUUGGGGAAAAUUUUGUGGAAAUGGUACUUGAAAUUGGAGAAGAUGAAGAAGUUGUCGCCCAGGGAAAGAUCGUUCCAACUUUAGUUGCUCGUGGGAAUAUUUUCCGCACAGAUGAAUUCUUCCUGAUAGCAGAAAACACAAUAGUUCAGGAAUUUGAGGAGUUCACUAUUGCAUUUGCCUCUCUGUAUUCCAGCUACUGGGUGUUCAACAUGAUGUACCCAGAGACAAUAGAAAACACUUACAACUACAUACAGAGAUGUAUUGUCAGGCAGAGAGAGCCAGGCUCUAUUCCAGCUGUGUGCAAAAAUUUCACAAAAGCACUACAGAAGUGGAACAAAAGUAAGGAGGGCAAGUGAACUGGUCACUAGUGUACAAACUACAUUUUUACAAAAAAAAAUUCCAUAAAAAUAUCAGAAAGAUAAAUAUUUAUAUACACAUAUAUCAUCUUAUUUAGAUUUAAGUUGACUUUUUUCCUUUUCUAAAACUUCUUUAAGGUAAACUUUUAACCUAUUAGAUUUUAAAAUAAAAAAAACCCAUAUUAAGCUUGCGUACUUUGUAAGAUUUUUUUUGUCCUGUACAUAAAAGAUAGAUUUACUACUGGGACUGUCAUAUUAUCAAGCAUUUAUACAGAUAAAUACUUGUAAAGAUUGUGUGAUAAAAACAAAUUGUCCUUAAAUUGUGACAUAGCAGUGCUGUAGGACUUAAGUAAUUCAAAGUCUUUGAUUUUUUAAAAUUUGUGUUUGAAAACUUCAAAAAUUCAAGCUUGAUGUGUUCAGGGAUUUAACUAAAA